AUGAAUUUCAAAGAGGAUGAGCUGCAACAUUAUACUUUGAUCGAGAUAGAACAGAUCCUCCACCAACAUGAACGGUCACUCAUGGACUUCAAUGAUAUGCCUAAACCUGAUUUAAAAGUCCUAAAAGAAUUAGGCAACAGCUUAUGGCGACAAGAACAACAGUACGACGUUUUAAAAGAGGGAGAAGAACAUCAUAAACUGUUCAACCAACUUAAUCCAGAACAACAAAAUGUCUACAAGGCAGUUUUGGAAUCCGUCUACAACAAUAUGGGACAACUAUUCUUCCUCUAUGGAGCUGGGGGAACUGGGAAGAAAUUUGUCUACAAGACAAUAAUCUCCAAAUUAAGAUCAGAGAAACGUAUAGUCCUACCUGUUGCUUCAUCUGGCAUUGCAGCGUUGCUUCUCCCAGGUGGAAGGACAGACCAUUCAAGGUUCAAGAUCCCUCUAAUCGUUACUGAAGAUUCCAUCUGUGAAAUUAAGAAAGGUACAAUGCUUGCAGAGCUACUAAUCAAAACUGACUUGAUCAUAUGGGAUGAAGCACCUAUGUCUCAUCGACACACAUUUGAGGCGCUCGACAGAACAUUGAGAGACUUGCUUUCCACAGAAGACUCUUCAGCGAGCGAAAAACCUUUUGGCUGA